AUGUCCGCCAUCAUGCGACCAGACGCACCAUUCGAGUUUCAGCUCUCCAGACACAAAGGCUAUGGCCUCUUCGCCACUCGAGACAUCAAGGCCGGCACUCGCGUCAUCUGCGAGAAGGCCCUGAUCGCCACACCCACUGUCGACACCAUUGACACCAUUGUCACGCAACUCGAAGCCAUUAGUCCAGAACAGCGCGAACUCUACACCGAACUGUCCUACCACAAGCGCGCAGUCAACACCAAGCAGCGCAGUGUCCUCCGUAAACAUCUCGCCACACAGCACCAGUACACUGGUAAAGCUCUCGAUGCCGCACUCGAGGACUACGUUAAGAUGGCCGCCAUCUACUUCACCAACGCUGUGCAGAUGGGUGGUAAGGCACAGUGGGGCGCCGGUUUGUUCCUGACGUACAGCCGUGUCAACCACUCGUGCCGACCCAACCUCGCCAAUACCUACAAUGCCACACUCGGCAUGUUGACCGUCCACGCCACUCGAGACAUCAAGGCUGGGGAAGAGCUCACGACGACCUACAUCCUCAACGUCCGCACCAAGGAGCAGCGCCAGGAACAGCUCCAGACAGGGUGGGGCUUCAAGUGUCAGUGUGAGCUCUGCACCGGCCACGACAAGGAAGUCGCAGCCAGCGAGAUACGUCGCGAACGCAUGUUCGAAAUCGACCAAGGCCUCGCCAUCUUCGAAAACAACAACCCCCUCAUCCGCUCCCACGCCCCCGGCUCCUUCCCCAAAUCCACCCUCGAAGCCCUCGCCUGGUCCGAAGAACUCGUCUCCCUCCUCAAGCAGGAGCAGAUCUUCGGGAUGGACCUGGCUCAGACAUACCGCGAGUGCUCGAAGUACAGUCUCGCCGAGGGGCUGUAUUCGAAAGCGAUAGGCUAUGCGAAGGCGGAGCUCGACGUGGAGAAGGUUUGUGUAGGGGAGGAGACGGAGCAUUUGAAGGAGGGGAUGGAGGGGGCGGUGUUUUGGAUGAGGCAUUUGGAGAAUUUGGGGAAGGGGGAGAUGGUGAGGAUGAGGAUGUGUGAGAAGAGGAAUAAGAAAGAGGUGCAGAAGGCGGAGAGGAAGAAGGCGAAGAAGGGGGGGGGAUGGGGGCAGGUGAGGAGUGUUUGA